AUGAAUUUAGUUGAUUAUGAAAUUUCUAGUGAUGAGGACUUUGAAGCAUUAUCACAUAAAAAUGAGAAAAGUUGCACGGUUAAUGAAGAAACUCAAAUAAAUAAUAAUAAUGAUGAAGUGAAGAAUUGUGAACAAAAAAAGAUAAAUAAUUUUCAAAUAGAAAUUAAAGAAAAUAGUACUAAUGAAAAUGAUAUAGAAGAAGUGAGGAUUUUUAGUUGUCAUAAAAAAAGAAAAAUAAAAAAAGACGAUUUGAUAGAAACAAAUAACAACUUAUCUUUGAAAUCAACAAAAGAAAAUUUCAAAAUAAAUAAUGAACAAAGCAAUAAAAAAAAGAACCAUUUUAAUAGUUUAUGCCUAGAUAAAUUAAAAAGUAACGAAUCAUUAAAUGAAAAAAAUGAAUUAAAAAAAUAUAAGAAAGUCUCACCAGAAGAAGACAUUAAAGAGGAAAAUGAAAAAAGAAAUAUAAGUAUCUUGAAAUAUGAAAAGAUGAGAGAAAAUAAAGAAGAAAAAGAAAUAUAUAGAGAUAUCUUGAGAGAAGAUAAUGAAAUAAAAAAUAAUUAUAAAAUGGAAAUGAAUCAAAAUUAUCCAAAAGAAGAAUAUGAAGAAAAAAAAAAGAAUAAAGAUAAAAAUGAAGUAAAUAAAAAUACUAUGGAAAGGGAUAGUGAAAAAGAAAAAAAUUUAAAUGAAAAAAUUCCUAAUAAUAAAAUGUUUUUUGAAAAUAAUAACCUUAUGAAUAUUAAUAUAGAUGAAAAUAAUUUUGAUGAAAUAUUUCUAUUACCAGAAAAUGAAUAUUCUGAUAUUUUAAAUAAAAAAAUUGAUGAUUUAUCAAAAUUAUAUAAUAUAGAUUUAACAAUAAAUAAAAAUAUUACUAAUUCAAAUGAAUAUAAGAAUCCAUGUAUUUUAGAAAAAAUUAUGCAAAUAUUUAACAUUGAUGUAUAUUCAUCUAAUUAUCCACUAAAUAUAUACAAUCCUCAUGAUUUUUUAUCAGUUGAUUUGUUUAACGAAAAAAACGACCAAGCUACUCAAAAUAAAACAAAAACAAAGUGGUCAAACAUAAAUUAA